AACUCGUUUCUUCUCCAAGAUUUUGACCAUUAAUUCCCGUUUGAUCAUGUGAGACAAAUAUUUGUGAGAAUAAAAACUUGAUAAAGGAACCCAGAAGGAUGAAAGGGUAUAUACGUUAAUGAUAAUGAAAUAUCACAUCAUCAUAGCUUCUUAAAAUGAUAGGGUUAGCAAGUUUGAGGGUAAUUGACUUUCCUAUCAGUUAACCCGUUUACAUCUUAUGCAGCAAUAUUUAGAGGGAUGGCUUUCCUUGGAAACAACUGGAUUUUCAGAAUGUCAUUUUUUUUUCUAAAAAAAGAAAAGAAAAUUCGAAGAGGUAAGAGGAAUAAAAAUCCAAGGACACUAAUAUAUGAAUCUUUACUUGGCUGGUGAUUAAUGCUUCAUGAAUUUGGGAGAAGUACUGUGUGAAAGGGAAUGUUGUUUAUCUGUCAGUAUUCAAGUAGUGAAAUAUCAGUUCUGUUCCCUUUUACGACACCUUACCAGUUAUAAUAAUAUGGGGAGAUAUACUCCGCUUUGAACUUAAGCAAUAUGUCUUCUUGGUUGUGGCUGAGUGAUCUAUAGAUUAGACAUGUUGAGUUUGUAUUUGAAUAAUGGAACUGAUUGAUUGUAAAGUUCAAUUGAUUUUGAGGCUGUUUGGCUAGGCUUUUUUAAAAAAAGCUUUUUAAGUUAUGUAGUACUUUGAGUUUUCUAAAGCUUUAAGUUAUGUAGUGAUUUAAGCUAAUAAAAAGUGUUUUGAUAAAAUGUACUUUAAGCUGACAGUUAAAUAUAUAUGUGUUUGGUAAAACAAAAGCUUAAAACUAUUAGAAGUAAUGACCAAUAAGGACCUUCUUCAACUUUAAAUAAAAAAAUCCAUAAAAAAUGAAGGACGCCAAUGCUGGAAGCAGCAGCAACACAGAUUCAUGAUGAACGACAGAUGACAGAGAUGGGCUAUGGACGAGGGUUGCCAGAGAUGAAAGGCUGAAUGUUGCAAGGAAUAUUAAGUGGCAGUGACAGACAAGGGAUACCAGAAACAGCAACAGCAAUGCCAAAUCAGUGAUGGCUUGAUGAACGCUAGCGCUGUAGAUGGUGGCUACGGACGAGGGAAGAGAGGAGCUGCCAGAUGAUCUGCAGAGGGAGAGAAUGUAGAUGAGAGAUGAGAGAAAAUUGCAGCUUCAGGCAAAGCUGCUACAAAGGAGAUGGAGCGUAUAGACAACCUAUUUUAUUCCUAUUCAAAUAAUGUGUCUGCUAUGAUUGACCCUGAAGGAAUUGAGAUGCUUUGCUCGGAUUUGGAAGUGGACCACACUGAUGUCAGGAUAUUGAUGCUUGCCUGGAAGAUGAAAGCAGAAAAACAAGGAUACUUUACCCUGGAAGAAUGGCGAAGAGGCCUCAAAGGCGUUCGGGCUGACACCAUAACGAAAUUAAAGAAGGCACUGCCAGAUCUGGAGAAAGAGGUCAAAAGGCCAUCAAACUUUGUGGAUUUCUAUUCUUAUGCAUUUCGGUACUGCCUGACAGAGGAAAAACAGAAGAGUAUUGACAUUGAAAGCAUCUGCCAAUUACUUGAUCUUGUUUUGGGAUCUCAUUUUCGAGCACAGGUUGACUACUUUGUUGAGUACCUGAGGACCCAAACUGAUUACAAGGUCAUAAACAUGGAUCAAUGGAUGGGUUUCUAUCGGUUUUGCAAUGAGAUAAGUUUCCCGGACCUCAGUAGUUACGAUGCUGAACUUGCAUGGCCCUUGAUCCUGGACAAUUUUGUCGAGUGGAUGAGAGCAAAGCAACAGAGUUAAACCCAGAAUCGGUCGUUGUUGGAUGGAAGCCAGAUGAAAAUGUUACCCAUAUGAUAUCCCCUUUUUUCUUCUCCUUUUUAUGUUGCUUUUUUUUUUUUUUUUUAUACAGUUUUGAUCUGUAUGGAGUUUUUUUUUUGGGGUUUCUUUUGCCCAUCUUCUUCUUCUUCAUUCUGAGUUUGGUUUAAUGGAUCGGACUGGGGCGGGGGACGUUAUAUUGCCAUUAAAAAUAACUCAAAACUGGUUUCAUCAACAUUAAAUUGGCCA